CAAAAAUCUUUGCAUUUGCAACCUCAACAUUUUUUAUUCAGGUUUUUCAAAUAUUUAUAAGAUUGUAUUAAUUUCCAUACAAUAACUGAAGUAUGGGGAGAGAUAUUCAAACUUGGUUAAUAGAUAGCUUAUAUAGAAAGUUCAUAAUUUGGAUUGUAUACAUUGCAGUCAAGGUCAAGGUCUUUGUCACUGAAACAGAAAAAGUUUCCACUCAAUAACUAGUUUGGAUUGAUGUAUUGAAAUGAAACUUGGCCUGUAAGUAGCUUAUAGAAAAAGUAAGGUUAGUCUGGCAAAUUGGGUCAGUGGUAUCAAGUUCAAGGUCAUCUUUAAACAUUUAAAAUUCCACAGUGGCACAGUGAUUAAAAAAGUGGGUCUACUGCACCUUUUUGAAUGUAAAAAUUUUUUGAGGUAGGGGAUGGCGUAUGGUUCUAAUCCAAGUCUGGACAUGACUUUUUUUAUUGUUGUUGAUGUUUUUACUUUGGAAAAAAGCAACUUAGAUGUCACAAGGUCAAGGUUAUAGUAACUAAGACAAGAUUUUUUUCCAGCUGGGAUCAUCAGAUAAAUUGUUUCUGGUUUAUAACUUUAGUUAGUCAUAUCAAUCUAGAUGUUAUAAAAGGAUACACAAGUGGAAAAGUGGAUGAAGAAUCCAAAAUAAUUUGUGUAGAUUCAAUGCUUCUUAUAUUUUACUGACAUGUUUUAGUUAAAUUAAAUCCAUUAUUUCUUACUUUGACUGAAAUAAGUACGCAAUUUUCUUUCUACACAAUGCCAGGUUUAUAGAGUAACACCUGAAAGUUGCUCUAAAGUGCCAUAUGUCACUUUCCUUUAUAAAUGAAACUCAUUUUUACUGUGUAUACAUAAGGUAAGAUAAUUAGAGCUUUAGGCAUACAGACACUAAAUAGAAAAAUGGCGCAAAAUAAAAUGGUAGUUGCAUAAUGGCGGACACAAAUAGUCCUCAGUUUUUUUGCUCUGUAGAGCUAUUUUCCUUAUUUUCUUUGCAAUUUUUUGGCUAAAAUCACAUGACAGAUCUAUGCUUGACAUGUAGGUAGCAUUUUCAUAAUGAAAUAACAACAUGACAAAUUUUUUCAUGGAAACUUAGAUCAUACAUCACCAGUAUAAUUUGGGGUCUCAUUUUUUAGCUGAUUUUGCAGUUUGUGUGUUUGACUGAAAUUAUUUUUCUUGCAUCAAACAUGACUCCCACUUUUCUUUUGAUUUUUAGUUAACACUGACAAUAUUCUUCAAGAAAAUGUAAGUUACAGAAAUUUAAAAUGGGUCCUGAUGUGUGCUGCGGUCAUUGGAAAUAGGUCAGUUUUAUAUGGAAUAAAGAACAACAACUAUUUAGUGUGUUAUAACCUUUAUGGUAAGAUUAUUGAUUGGACACUUUGUCCUUAUGUUUUUAGCUCACCUGAGCCAAAGGCUCAAGGUGAGCUUUUGUGACCCCUCAAUGUCCAUAGUGCGUCAUGUGUCAACAAUUUCUAAAAAAAAUCUUCUUGAAAACCACAGGGCAGAAUUACACCAAACUUUACAAGUAUGAUCAUUGGGUGGCCCCCUUUAAAUUGCUCAAAGAAUUGAAAUCCAUGCAGAACUCUGGUUGCCAUGGCAACCAAUACGAAAAACUUUAAAAAUCUUCUUAUUGAAAACCGCAAGGCAUAGAGCCUUGAUAUUUGGCAUGUGACAUCAUCUAAUGGUCCUCUUUGAAGGUUAUACAAAUUGUGCCCCUGGGGUGAAAAGAGGCUCCGUCCUGGGGAUCCCAAGUUUUACAUAGACUUAUAUUGGAAAAAACUUCAAAAAUCUUCUUGUCUGACACCACAAGACUUAGGCCUUAGCAUUGUAGCAUUGCGUAGUGUUCCUCUACCAAAAUUAUUCAAAUUAUGCCCCUGGGGUGAAAAGAGGGGGUCCAAAGUUUUACAUAGAUUUAUAUUGGAAAAAACUAAAAAUCUUCUUGCCUGAAACUGCAAGGCAUAGGCUUUUGAUAUUUGGUAUGUUGCAUUGCCUAGUGUUCCUCUACCAAAAUAGUUCAAAUUAUGCACCGGAGGUGAAAAGAGGCCCUGCCCUAGGGGUUCAGAGUUUUACAUAGACUUAUAUAGGAGAAAACCUUGUCUGAAAGUUCAAGCCCUAGGCCUUUGAUAUUUGGUAUGUAGCAUUGCCUAGGGGAUCUCUGACAAGAUUGUUCAAAUUAUGCCCCUGGGGUUAAAAGAGGCCUCACCUUUGGGGUCACUUAUUAUGUGAUUUAUAUAGGAAAAAUACUUCAAAAGUUAUCUGAUCAUAUUUCCUAGACUGUUUAAUUAUAAUUACUUGAUGACCCCAAGUGAUUAGGGGUCACUUGACUGUGACCUUAUACCUUGACCUACUGACCUACUUUCUUGUUUUUUUUUAGCUCACCUGUCACGAAGUGACAAGGUGAGCUAUUGUGACCGCUUGAUGUCCGUCAUCCGUUGUCAAUUUCUAAAAAAAUCUUCUUCUUGAAAACCACUGGGCAGAAUUACACCAAACUUCACAGGAAUGCAACCAAAAGGAAAAAACUUUAAAAAUCUUCUUGUCCAAAACCACAGGGCCUAGGGCUUUGAUAUCUGGUGUGUAGCAUCAUCUAGUGGUCCUCUACCAAAAUUGUUCAAAUUAUCCCCCUAGGGUCGAAUAUGGCCCCGCCCCGGGGGUCACAUGGUUUAUAUCUAUAGACUUAUAUAGGGAAAACGUUGAAAAUCUUCUUGUACAAAACCACAUGGCCUAGGGCUUUGAUAUUUGGUAUGUAGCAACAUCUAGUGGUCCUCUACCAAGAUUGUUCAAAUUAUCCCCCUAGGGUCAAAUAUGGCCCCCCAGGGGGUCACAUGGUUUAUAUAGACUUAUAUAGGGAAAACUUUGAAAAUCUUCUUGUACAAAACCACAUGGCCUAGGGCUUUGAUAUUUGGUAUGUAGCAUCAUCUAGUGGUCCUCUACCAAGAUUGUUCAAAUUAUUCCCCUAGGAUCAAAUAUGGCCCCGCCCCGGGGGUCCCAAGUUUUACAUAGACUUAUAUAGGAAAAAAAGUUUAAAAAUCUUCUUGUCUGAAACCACAACACUUAGACCUUUGAUAUUUGGUUUGUAGCAUUGUCUUAUGGUCCUCAACCAAAAUUGUUCAAAUUGUACCCCUUGGGUGAAAAGAGGCCCUGCCCUUGGGGUCCCAAGUUUUAUAUAGACUUGUAUAGGAAAAAGCUUUAAAAAUCUUCUUGUCUGAAACCACACGACCUAGGCUUUUGAUAUUUGGUAUGAUGCAUUGUCUAGUGGUCCUCUACCAAAAUUGUUCAAAUUAUGCCCCUGGGGUUAAAAGAGGCCCCGUCCUGGGGUCAGUUAAUAUGUGAGUUAUAUAGGAAAAAUACUUAAAAAAAUCAUCUGAUCCUAUUUACAGGACUGUUUGAUUAUAAUUACCUGAUACCCCAAGUAAUAUGAUGUCACUUGACUGUGACCUUGACCUACUGACCUACUUUCUUGUUUUUUAAGAUACAGCCUUGAAAUUUUGAUGACAUACACAGUUUUGCACACAAAUCGUAAAACUGAAUUUCAUUGAUCAUGAAUGUGACCUACUGACUUUCUUAAUAUUUUAUCAUCAGUUUGACAUUUGAAACAUGUAGCUCAUUUUACUCAGGUGAGCGAUCCAAGGUCAUCAUGACCCUCCAGUUUAAGAUACAGCCUUGAAUAUUUUGGAUGACAUGUACAGCUUUGCACUCUGAUCUUUAAAAUGACUUCCAGUGACCAUGAAUAUGACCUACUGAUCUACUUAAUAUUUUAGCAUCCGUUUGACAUUUGAAACAUGUAGCUCAUAUUACUCAGGUGAGCAAUCAGGGAUCAUCAUGACCCUCUUGUUAGUUGUAUUGCCAAGAUUUUAUUCAAUAAAACAGCAUCUGUCUGCCUUCUUUAAUUGAAUGAGUAAUUUAACAUGAAAUUAAUCGAUCUAUUUCUUGAAAAAAUACUGGAAUAUCACUAACGUUUUUGAUAUGUACUGGUACAAAUACAGGUAUAAGUGAUAAAAUUCUCAGCAUUUUUAAAUAUUUAAUGUAUUGACAUCAAGGUUUGGUGCUAAGCAACAUAAGUAUUGUGAUGAGCAGCAUACAGAGAAUUGAUAAAAAAAAUCAGAUACUUUGAAUUCAUUAAAUUUCUUUGAUUAUUUUUUUGCGUAUCUUGAUGUUUGAUCUGUCCACAAAAUUAAAUCCAUGCAAGUGACCACAUAAAUGACCAUUCAUUUUAUGUCAAGAAGUUGAAAUCUAUGAAUCCAUAUCCCUACAGAAGAGCUGUUUUUGCCAGAAACAUGAAACUUCAUGCCCAAAAAAUAGUGUUUUCACAGUACAAUGUAUACACUUACAAUGUUACUUCAACUGCAUAUUUUUCCUCAUCGAUGUGGGUUCGAGCCUCACUCUGGGGGUUGAAUUCUUCAUGUGAGGAAGCUAUCCAGCUGGCUUAUGGAAGGUUGCUGGUUCUACCCAGGUGCCCACUCAUUAUCAUAUUACUGCACGAAGGGGCAACUGGGGUCUUCCUCCACCAUCAAAGUUGGAAAGUCAUCAUAUGACCUAUAAUUGUGAUGGAGCAAGGUUAAACCCAACAAAAUAAAUAGAUCAGCCUCAUUAUAUAUUGCUUUGGAAAAAUCCUUGAUUUGGAAAGCGUAAGCUUUAAUGUAGUCACAAUUAUCCGAAAGAACAGUAUUUCAUAUGUACAAAUGUCAUGUUGUCAUGUGAGGUAUAUGUUAAUGGAAAACAUGCCUUGUGACACAUUGUGUGAGGAAACUGCAUGUGAAAUAAAGCAUUUUUAUCCUUCAUCAAGCAACAAGGAAUACUUCAAAGGAGGGGGAAGUACUUGAGCUAGAAAUAAGAAUGAAAGUUCGAAAGGCAAUUAUUUGAACAAGUGUGCAUUUAGUUACUUUAAAGAAUCAUAAAUGAAUGUGCUUGAGAACCUAUUAAACUGUGAGUCUGUAAAAUGAGGAUAUUUUAUUAUUUUUUACGUUGUCAGGAUUGAGCAGAGGCAAACAUGGAAGAUUGUUUCUCAAAGCUGACUGACACACAUUUCCAGAAUUGGCUGAAAUCUAUGUUAGCUGUUAACAUAACAAGAGACGGUAUUGAAGAUCAAGUGAAGAAUGUUAUUGGCAAAUUCCAUGAAGAUGUUUUAAAUGAAAUAUUUGAACAAGAGCAGAUAGAAAACUCUGACUUUUGUUCUAGUUGUUCAAUAGAGAACAUUUUACCAUGUCAGACAAAGUUUAUGUGCUCGGUCAAGUCAGGGGCUUGCAAAUUUCAUUGUGCAGCAGACAAAAAGUAUAAACCUUGCCCCAAAAAUGUUUGCCACAAGUUCAGAGACAAAAUUAGACAGUUUCAUAGACAUAAAUUCCCAUCUUGGAGCAACACGUGUCCGCACAGAUGGUGCACUGAUUCCUGGGAGAUUGCAAAAUGUUGUAUGCCGCCAUCUGCAUAUUCUAAAGUGAUGUCAUCAAACGAGACGGACUUGAAUGGUCUGUUAAGUGUCCUGAUGAAUCAUUCCAGAUUUGAGAAUGAAGUUGAUGAAGCAGCUUGCAUUGAGGCUAGAGAAUGUGGAAACAAAGUGAGACAUUGUGCAAACCUCCUUUUUGAUGACACUGAAGUGCACAGAAUUCUCCAAACAUUUAUCACAUGCUUGUCAUCCUCACAGUGUCUGGCAGAUAAUGUGACAGCGAAACAGGCAGUGACUAAGUUAGAAAAAUUGAAGAACGAUACCUUACCAAUUGCUUUACAUGAUGUAACAAAUGUCCUGAGAGAUGCUAUAGAUGAGCAUACUAGACUUUCCUUACAAAGCAUGGAAGAUGCUCAGCUCAAAGUGAUAGAUCAGAUAGAGGAAAAGUUCAUGAAAGAAAAGAAUGUGAUGUACCAAAGUAUAAAAAAUGCAUUUGCAGCUGUGAAAGUGGAGCUAGAGCAGAAAGCAUUAGAUAUGCGAAAAGAGUAUUCAAGUAUGGCACCAGAACAGCAGAAAUAUCAAGCUCUUAAAAUUGAUUUAAAAGAAGAUCUACUAGAUUUCAAUCUGAAUCAGCAUGGGACCAUUUCACUGUCUCCUUUGAUUGAGGAAAAUGAUAUACUGAUAACAGAGUUUUAUGUACAACCGACAUUACACUGUAUUGAUAACCAGACUUCAGCAUUUGAAAGUGAGCGUUUGAAAUCAAAAAAGAUAGUAAACUGCUAUCGAGAUAUAUUUUUCAAAUAUACAAAUCGAUGUAAGGAAAUAUAUUUGACAUCUGAUGCAGGUGUUGGAAAAACAGCAUUUGGAAAAUGGCUGGCAGUUACUUGGUGUCUUGCAAAUGAACCAAACGAGGACAAAAAACGAAUUUUAUCAAAGGAAGAUAUGGAUAUCAUGAAAUCAUUUGAUUUUGUUUUCAUACUUCCACUUAGAGACUCAUAUAAGACGGAGUGUGAUGUUGACAAUAUGAUUUACAUACAGAUAAUAAGCCAGUUAUCUAGGUCAUCGCUGUACACAUUGGACUUUUUACAAAAUAUCCUUCAUCGUGAAAAUUGUUUAAUAGUGUUAGAUGGCCUUGACGAAUGGUCCCAUCCUGAAAUUGGUCAGACAGACUGUCGGAUUAGAGCUGUGAACAUUCCACAUAGAAAACCAAGAAAGCUAUGUACAAUUCUAACGACAACAAGACCAUGGAAGUUUGAAACAGCAAGUAUUAAGUUAAGUCAGAUAGGCCAGCACAUUGAAAUGACUGGUCUGGAUGACAUUGGUGCUGAACAAUUGAUAAAAAACGUUUUAUCAAAAUUGAAAGGAGAGUGUGUGUUAAAAACAACCAAAUCAUUGGAAGACUUCAACAGAGAACUUAAUCACAACAACAUUCAAGAACUAAAGUAUACACCUGUUAUUCUUAUGCACCUCAUAUGUCUUUGGUGCGAUAACCAGAAACUUGGAAAAUCGAAAUGCGACAUUUUCAUCAAUAUAAUUGAACUUCAUAUUUCUCAUGCUGAGAACAAAUGGGGUGAAAGUUUUUUCCCCAGAAAUGAUAAAAUGGAAAACCAAAGUGAACCGACAGCACUCUGGCCAAGCCGUAGUCUUCUCAAGGACUAUCAGAGUCUUUUAUUAGCAUUAGGAAAACUAGCAUUUGAGACGUUAUUUAAACAAACAAGGGAGUGUUCGCUUUUGUUUGAUUCUUCAGUAGCCAAAGAACAUUUAAAAGGUGACUUAUUUGAUAUUGCUAUGAAAACUGGUUUAUUGGCACACAGUACAUCGAAACGGAAGCUUACAAAGAAGUUGUCAAUGGUGUUUUUUCCACACAAAACAUAUCAAGAAUUUUUUGCUGCCUUAUUCAUUCAGUCAUUGCAAGCCGAGUUUUCAGAAUCACUGCAAAAUGUGAUGACAGUCUGCAAUACUGUAGAAAAUAUACUUGAAAUGUCAAAUGUAUUCAUUUUUAUGGCUGGCCUAUGUCCAGAAACAUUAAAUGUAUUCUUCCAAAAAGUGAUUAAACAGGCAACAGAAGAUGAACUUACACAACUUUACAGAUCACGUACAUGUUCAGCAAAUUAUUGGGAUGAUUUAAGAGUCAUAAGGAAUUUGCAGGAUAUGACAGUAGCCUGUAUGCAAGAAUUCUCCAGAAAUAAUCCAAAUAUGAACAAAACUAUUAAUCUUUCUCUGGAAGAUUUCUUCCUUGAUGGACAUCGCAGGAUGGAAAGUUAUGGGUCUGAAGUUGAAGCACUUUUAAAAGGGAAUCAGAAAUGUUUAAAGUCUAUUCACAUAAAUGAUGUGGAGUCGCCACAACUGUUUUGUGAUAUUGUAAAUCGAUAUGAACUUGGAACACUGCAGUGUCUUCAGAAACUGGAUCUUUGGGUUACUUUAGAAACACAAAGUCUUGAUCGUAUUUUGUCAGCUUCUGCAUGCAGUUUAAAGCAUCUAAUUUUGCAUUCAGGUCACUGGCAGAAAAACCGAUUUGUUGAACACUAUUUUAACAUAUCAAAUGACAGUUUAAGUGCUAUUCAAACAAUGUCACAUUUGGAAUCUUUGUCUGUUUGGGAUUUAGUUUUCACUCAUAACCAACUUGAAAAUCUAUUGCAAGACUUGAAUCAGAAAACACGGCUCAAGCAGAUCGGGAUAGGAGAUAUAAAGUGCAAGGACCAUGGUGAUGAUUGUAAUGGUCAUAUUUUAGAUCUUUCAUUACACAGUCAGCUCAGAAUCUUGCAGAUUAAUUUGGCCCCAUUUUCCACAGUAAAUGUCUCGGUGUCUUCACUGGAAGAGUGCCACUUUGGAGAAUUUGUAAAACCAGGAGUUUUAAGGUCCUUGUUCAGUUGCCUUCAAGGCUCUCCUAAAUUAUACACAUUUGGUGGCUUUGGUCUGCAUUCUGAUAGCGAUAUUGAGAGCUUGGUUGAAACACUACCAUUAUUGGAUACAUUACGGCACUUACUUUUGAAUCGUGUUGACUUUGGCAGUAAAGAUUUGAAACUUUUCCCGAAAGUGAAGUUGAUUGAAUAUGUGAAACUGAAACGUGUUUCAAUAUCCAGUAGAGCAAUAAAGACGUUUUUUGAGGAAAUUCAAAAUUACGAUCACUCCGUAAGAGUUGAACUUGUAGGCUGUGAUGUCAAACCAGCUGACGAAUAUAUGUGUAUGAAAGAAAACAUGAACGAGUCAAGUAAUUAUUUUGUGAUUGAAGACAGAAUUGACCAGUGGAAAAGGUCUGUUUUUAAGGUCAGAACUAACUGAAUAGUAACUAAAUAACUCUACUGACAUAUCUCAAAACUGCCUCUCUGCUGCUUCGUUUUCAGUAAAAAUGAUAUAUAUAUACAGAUCAUAGUACCUAUCGAAUUAUUACCAAAAUCUACAGCGUUUAAUUUAGGACAGCAUUGCUAUUGUCUGAGUUAUGUAUCUCCAUUCGUUUCAGAUUUAACUACAUGUGAUCAUGAAUUUUCUUUCAGGCUUCACACCCAUGCUCGGAGUACUUCCAUUUGGUCGAAAUUUUUGUUCACUUUAAUUUACCAUUAUGUCAAUAUGUGAUAAAAGUAACAGAUCUCAGAAUUCUUUCAUGGCUAUUUCACUCUGCUUUUUUUUAUGCCACUGGCAUCUACUGAUGCGGGAGGCAUAUAGUGACUGGCAUGCCCGUCCUUCCGUUUGUCCGUCUGUUCAAGCCCACGAAUGAACAUUUGUUGGGUACAGGGAACAAAAGGUAACAGUAAAUUCUGUUCAUUCCGUAGUGUUUAUUGGGUACUUUUUGUCCAUCUGUGGGAACGUUCGUCCGUUCGUCCGUCUGUACGAGGUUAACUAAAUGGGACUGUUUCGUCUAGCAUCAAUACCCUUUACUAGAAUGACUUGAUACUAAUGCAGAUGUAACCUGUGACCAUUCCUCAUCUUCAAACAUCACCUGACCUCAGUUUGACCUUGACCUUGUUUUGGACUUGGGUUGCUUUGUAUGUGUCAUCUCUUUGGUUAACCAAAUGGGACCGUUUGUCUAGCAUCAACACCCCUUACUAGAAUGACUUGAUACUACUGCAGAUGUAACCUGUGACCAUUCCUCAUCUUCAAACAUCACCUGACCUCAGUUUGACCUUGACCUUGACCUCGUUUUGGACUUUGGUUGCUUUGUAUGGGCCAUCUCUUGGUUAACCAAAUGGGACCGUUUGCUCUAGCAUCAAUACCCCUUACUAGAAUGGCUUGAUACUAGUGCAGAUGUAUCCUGUGACCAUUCCUCAUCUUCAAACAUCACCUGACCUCAGUUUGACCUUAACCUUGACCUCGUUUUGGACUUUGGUUACUGUGUAUCGACAAGGAUGCCACCGGGGGCAUCAAGCGUUUAUCGAAUGCAGCUUCUUGUUACCUAUAGUAAAUGGCUUAGUAUAUGAAUUCUCUUUAAUUGUAUACAGUGAUAUCAUUUAACAUCAUGGACAUGAAAUUCCAUACGGUUUUGGCUAAAACGCCUUUUUUCACAGUAAAAUAGAAAAUACAGAUGCUGUAUAAGAUUUUUAUUUAAUUUGGACAUUUUUUUUUCAGAGCUAUAAGCAUUUGUUAUUUUUGAUAUUGUACAUUAUUGACUAAGAGCAUUAAAUGAAUCUUAUGUGUCGAA